UUUUAAAUCAUUUUUAUAAUAUAUUACAUGUAAUAUUGUUUUUUGCGCGAAUAUCAUAAUUCUACUGUGGCGCGCUCUCUCUCUGUAUUUUACACGUAAAACAAAAAAUACAAACCCGUAGUUUAUAGUUUCUUUACAAGAGGUCUCUGUAGUCUCUCCUGCCCGUUUUUGAGUGCGACCAUCUUUUAUCUCAACUUUCUCGCUAGAUCCGAACAGUUCGCGGAAUUUAUAUAUCAUACGUAUCUGUGUGACAAUUUAAAAACAUGGCUACCAUGUGAAAGAUGAAUCGGUUCAUAUUGUAAACAAGUUUAUAUUUAGUUUGUCGCAACAGUUUCGUUUUGUGUUGCCGACAUAUAAGUCGCCGACAGGAACAUUCCUAGCACUCUGGAGCUGCAUCGAGAAAGACUAAACAACUCCGGGAGUGAAACACGCGAACUCGCAAUAGCACAGAUUCUAUGUUUCUCACCAACUACUGUUAUUUCGUUACCUUCGUCCAUUAACUGGCAGAAUUUUGGUACUGCUGUGUAAUCGAGAUGCUAUUGAGAAAUUUGGAGUAAUAGAAUGUGAAGAAGUUGCAAACGAGUAUUAUCUUGUACGAAAUCACUGCUCUCUAAUAAAUAUCCAUGGAUACUGCAGAUUUUGAUAUUAUCCGUCAUCCAAGAACCAUUAUUCACUUGGAUGUUGACUGUUUCUAUGCCCAGGUGGAAAUGCUCAGGCAUCCCGAAUUGGAGGGAAAGCCGUUAGGUGUACAGCAAAAAAAUAUAGUUGUCACCAGCAAUUAUCUGGCAAGAAAGUAUGGAGUAAAGAAAUGUAUGCCAUUGCAUGAGGCUUUAAACUUAUGCCCAAAUUUGGCUUUGGUAAAUGGAGAGGAUUUAACAAACUAUCGCCAUUAUUCGACCAAAAUAUUUGAAAUUUUGAACCAAUUUACACCAUUAGUGGAAAGACUGGGUUUUGACGAUAACUUUCUUGAUGUGACAUCAAUAGUGGAGAAACAAUUUAAAUCUCAAAAUGACUUAGACUCACGUGAGAUGAGUAGUUCGAAUAUGAACGAAGAUAUAAAAGAGAUAGAUAAAAUAUUUGGUCUAUCGGAAGAGGAAUGCCCAUGUGACUGUCAUACACGCUUAAUGAUCGGUUCCAAGAUAGCUGCUGAAAUAAGGAAUCGUAUUUAUGAAGAACUCCAUCUUACUUGCAGUGCCGGAAUAGCACAUAAUAAACUUUUAGCCAAAUUAGCAGGAUCUAUAAACAAACCAAAUCAACAAACAUUAGUUUUUCCAUGCAGUGGACCAAUGUUGCUCACCGCAGUGGGCUCUGUAUCCAAAAUACCUGGUGUUGGACAAAAGACCACUGAAUUAUUGUUAUCAAACAACAUAAAAACAGUGGACGAUCUUCGCAGAAUACCUCUGGAAAAUUUAGAGCUUAAAAUUGGCGUUGAUUUAGCAAGGAGAUUGAAGGACAAUGCGGAAGGAAUCGACGAAACUGCGGUGAAACCAUCUGGGAAAAAGCAAUCUAUAGGUUUGGAGGAUGGAUUUAAGAGUGUAUCACUGGUAGCUGAAGUGGAAUCGCGAUUAGGUGCGCUAUUGAGGAGAUUAACAGAGCUAGCAAUGGAAGAUGGUAGAAUUCCCACUGCCAUAAGAAUAACAGUGAGAAAGCACGACUUGAACAAGCCUACUUCUGGUAAGCGAGAGACCAGGCAAUGCGCAUUGCCGAAACAUCUUUUGCCGUCCACGAAAACCGGCGUGUAUGAUCACAGUAAGAUGCUGACGCUUGCCAUGAAGCUGUUUCAUCGAGUAAUCGAUGUCUCCAAACCCUUCCACUUGACACUUCUGGGCGUUGCGUUUACAAAGUUUGAAGAAAGAUCUUAUGGUAGGAGCAGCAUUACAUCCUUUUUACGCAAGCAGGUCGCUGUUCAUUCGGUUCUGGACAUCAGUUCUGAGGAGGGCAUCUCCGAGAUGAAUCUAGGAUCGCCGAUGAGUAUCAAUCAAGACAGCAACGACAGCUCGGAUCAGUCAGCGACGAGCUUUAUGAGCACUUCCACAUCGAGUCUCCCGUGUUCGCCAAUCUCAAAGUUGUCAAGUAUGGCAAAUCAGAUUGCAGAAGACGACCUGCAGAACGAAGUGGAACCAGUACCGAAAAAGACCAAAUUGGAAGUGUGGCUCAGUGGUCGACGAGGAUCACCAAGCAACGAAAUGGCUGGACUGAGACUGAGUCCCUCGUCUCCCAUGCAAUUGUCACCCACGGUGGACGCCACGGUUUUCAAAUCUCUGCCAAUCGAGAGGAGGGAAGUCACUCGUUCUUGGCCCACAACUAGCAAACCGAAACCAAACAAUAUACUUAAAUACUUCAUAGCCAAGUGACAGAACUCUGUGACCUAGUAUUAAAUGUCGUUGCUUUUAUAUAUGCGCUUGAAUUGACAUCAUUAAAUGCCAGCACCGCAUACGAUGCUAUACAGUAUGUGAUUCUUAAUUUUUAAUACUUUAAAUACUAAAUUUUGAAGUAUAAAAAGGAAAAAUGUCAUAAGUUAUUCAAGUUUUUCUCUUUUUAACUGUACAUAAUUACAUUAUGUUAAGUAAUAAGUUGUAUAAUAUUGAGAAAAUGUUUUGUAUUACUUAUUACAGUACUUUAUAUUCAUAAAGAACCUAAGGUUUGGUUUAUUUUAGUAGUAUAGAAAAAGGGGAAAAGGAAUAGUAUUUUCAUAAACCAAUUCCAAUUAGGAUAUGCUGUGUCCUACAGUGGAAAAUUAACUUGAAUAUUUUUUAAAAAUUUAACUUAUGACUUGAAGGAGAGAAAAUAAGAUUUCAGCAUUCAACAUUUGUGUCAAAUUUUUUUCUUACUGUAUGCUUUAAAUUUAUGCUCUGCUAUAAAUUAUCUACUUCUCAAUUAAGAAUCAUUAUCUGUAUAGAUUUACUUCUCUGUGUUUGUAUCUAUGUCGUGUGCAUUUGAAUUUUCUGGCUAAAGUGCAUUUGCAAAUUUUACGCGACAGAAAACAUAUACAUGUUUAAUUACAUUCAGCAUUUAAUGUUCUCAUAUAUCUAUAUUCACAAGAAACGAUUUGCAGCUAGCAAUAAUAUCGUAUAGGAAAAUCAUUGUUUCAUAGCAGUAUAGUUCAUGUUAUUUUUACAUUUUAUAUUUGACAGUAUCAAUGAAAAAUAUUGUAAUUGCAUUUUUUAUUAUUCUUAAUUUAAUUAUUUUUUAAACGUUAUUUUACCAGCAAUAUGCUUCAAAAACUUUUCAUAACUUUGUGUUGUAUUUGCUCGAUACUCUCUUUCUCAUAUUUUAUUUAAAUUACAAAUUUCUGAAAAACAAUUCAUAAAUAAUUUCUCUGAAAGUUUUGCUAUUAGAAUAUUUUUCAUUGAUGCUGUUAUACUUUCGCUCUAAGUAAUAUUCAUUUAUUAUUAUAUAUAUGAUUUUCAUAUGGGCACAAUACAUUAAACAUUAAGAUUUGCUUUUGAGCGAGACUAUUGCAAGAGAAAUGUAUUCACUUUUUUCAUAUGACAAGAAGUUUGGCUACAAAACUCUAAAAAAGCGUGUUAAACGAGUUAAAAAUACCAAAAGACGUGCUGUGUGUAAGUGAAAUUGGUGCUGACAUUUGAUGUUGUGACUCGCGAUGAACAAAAAAUUAUAUAUAAUUUAACAUCUUAAGAAAAAAAUUCUAUUUUUAGUACUGUUAAACGUUAUCUUAUAAUCAAAGAUCGAAACCGACGCAUUCUCGGUGAAUUUAAUUUUCGGUGCUACGCAAAAGAGAAUUUUAUAUCAUUAAUUACGUUUCUACUAUCACGACAUUUUCGCGUGUCUACAUCGUAGCAUCGAAAUCUGAAUUCGCAGUCAGUGAAAUAUCGCUUUCCAUCCCCGCUUGUAAUAUAUGCACUGAAUAUCCACGAGCGACAAAGUCGCUUAAAAAGAAAAGAAAAAUACUCGGUUAUUCCUGCCAGAAUCACCACUCCAAGCGUGGAGCUUCAUUUUUUUAAAUAUAUCAUAUAAACGUUUUCGGUGAUUAUUCGAAAGAUGUACUAGACAAUCAUAAAGUUUUAAUGCCGCUUCAGUAUGGUACACGGUGAUUAUCACAUGUAUACACAAUCGUACAUACAACAUACACACAGACACACACACGACAAUUAAACAUAUAUAAAUAUAUAUAUUGCGAAUACUGCUACCGCGCUACCGGUGCGUUCACGGGACAUUCACGGUGAGAGUUGCGUUUUUACCUUUUACAGAUACUUAAAGAAUAGUUUUUUGUUACAUACGGGCGAACGGGUUCGUAGGUGAUAAACCGAGACAGUGUAGCUUUUGUAUUUGCUAAACAGAAUAUUCAUAAUUAAUACCGAUUAAGAGAAGGGGGAGAGGAAGGCAGGGAGAGACGAAAAUAGGAAGGAAAAAGAGAGAGAGAGAGAGAGAGUGUGUGUGUGUGGGUGUGAGUGAAAAUAAGAGCGAAGAGUGAAGCGAUAUAGAAAAGUGUGUCCACAAUAGAGGCCACCGAACUUUUCUACUUUUAUUUAUUUACGACAUGAAUCGGUAUAGUCUUUAUUUUAAACUUCUGGUUGUGAGUAUAUAUGCAUAUUUUAUACAGACAUUGUUUAGGCAGGGAUGCAGCGUUGCGAAAUACCGUUCGCUUUGUCAACGUCGAGGUCGAGAUCGAACGCAGGACUUCACGCUUGGAAUCACAAUGGAUACUGAUAUUUCAACUAUAUAUGAUGAGGACCUUUUCAAGCGACAGCGCAACACUGCGACCUCGCAGUACUUCCGAUUUAUUUCAAUAAAAAAAAACUUCGAGUUGAACAUUGCUGCGGCUAUUAAUCCUACAGCCUGUCUCCGAAUUUCCUUAUCAUAAAAAAAACCGGAUAGUCUUAACAUACUAAUUCUAACUCUUCAAAAUACAAAGGUAUGAAAAACAUAUAAUUUCUUUAAAACUUCGUUAUAAUUUACUCUUAGAAUUCAUUAGAUUUAAAAGACAGAAGUUUUGUUUUUGGUUGCGUGUGCAUAUCAUAUAAAUUUCAAACAAUUAAAAUGUUUUGUUAAUGAGUGAUUUUUUGAUCAAUUUGGAGUUGAGUUCUCAUAUAUCUAAAGAUUUC